AUGCUCACGGACUCAGCAAUAGACAGGCCCGACGACGUAGAGAGAUCGGCCGCGGCACCGCCCGUCAUCCUCACCCUGAUCCGCCAUGGAGAGACGACGGCCAACCUGGCACGCCUCCUCCAAGGCGUAGCCGACUCGCCCCUCACCGUCUUUGGGCAGGCGCAGGUGGAUGCUCUGGCCAGUGCCUUUGCAUCGACUCUCGAUCCGCUUGCAACGCCUCUCGAAGCGCAGGAAACGCCAAGCAGGGCCGCCAAGGCUGGAGCGUCGAGGCUGGACCUGCCGCCGCCCACCUUGGUCGUCUGCAGCCCGGUAGGCAGGGCCAGAAAGACGGCCGAAGCCGUCUACAAGGCGUGCGGAGGUGUGGCACCGGCAGAGACCCUCGUGGACGCUUCGUCGGACGAUAUGGCCCGCACCGCAAGGCUGCUCGAUGCACAUCGGCGGCCGCCGACGCGGGAUGGCCUGCGCCUGAUCGUAGAUCCCGGUCUGGCCGAGCGCGACUUUGGCCCCUAUGAGAGCACGCGCAACCGGCAGCAUGUGGCUGGCUUCGAAAGGGGCAGGGGCAAGGGCGAGGACAAGGCAGCCUUCAAGGCGAGGGUGCGCAGCGUGGGACGAGAGUGGAUCGAAGCGGCCACGGCGCUGUCGCAGCAGCUACGGCAGGAUACCCGCGUCGACGACAUCGACGGCGUCGCCGGGGCGCAGACGGCGGCGGCGGCGGCGGCGGCGGCAACGCCGCACCUGGUGCUCGUCAGCCAUGGCAUGUGGAUCUCGUCGUUCCUCAACCUGCAUCCGCCGACGACGCUGCGGCGGGUACCCGGCCAGCCAGACUUCCUUCCGUUCGCCCACAACACGGGCAUCUUUUCCCUCUCGGUCGAGGCGGCAGAGGCCGGAGGAGUCGCAAGGGCGAAGACGACGCUCUUCAAGGCCAACGACGUCCAACAUCUCGCCAACGUCAAGCGCCAGCGCGGUGGGAUAGGGCGGGUGGCGCAUGACGAGCGGCAGACCAAGCUGCAGGGCUUCUUUGCUCCCCUCGGCACCAAGCGCAGGGCGGAGGAGCCGGUGGCGGCGUCGGCCUCUGUGCCGGGCGAGGCGAGCGGCCCCGUCGCGACAGAGGGCAGCAACAAGAAGAGGGCAGCGGCGCCGGUCGUAGCGGAGGCGAUAGAGGGCCAGAUCGAAGAGGGGAGCUGA